AUGUCGUCCCCGGAGAAGCGUCGAAAUGGAGCUGAUUAUAGACUAUGGUCCGGGCUUGGAAUGAAAGGAGCCCUAACGGAGAUAAAGGCUGUGGAUGCUAUUUCUCUCCAAGUUGACGGAGGUGCUGAACAUAGUGCGUUGGCUUUGGCAGCGAAGGUUAUAGUUGUAUGGUAUCCUGCGGCGCAACUUAUCAUCACUGUGCAUGAAUACUCAUCAUUUCUACUUACACAGGAUAUUGAGCGCUGUCUGAGCGAAUUCCAUGACUCGAGGUCCAACUUUGAGGUUGACCUGCACAUUCCGAAUACCUUCUGCGCCCCCUCUCCACCCUCGUACGAUGAAGCGAUCGAUGAUUUGCCUCCCGAGUAUUCUGAGACUGCACCGCUAGCUCAUCAAAAGUGUCUGGUUCAAGACGCGGGGUUGGAUGAAAGAGGAAGUUCAGAAAGCAAGUCCCUACGUGAGACUAUUGACUUUGAGAACCCCUCUGCCAUUCGCGAACAUAAAGGCAAGAAGAAGAAAGGAGGAGCUGCGAAGAGUAAUCCACCGCCGCCCGCCAAUGAUCCGCCGCCACCGCCGCCGCCGGAAGAAAACAACGAACCGCCAGAUGAAGGCGCUGGUGAUGCAGGCGGCUCCGGGGAUGGAAACGGUGACGACGGUAAUAACGGUGGUGACGGCGGAGACGACGACGGCUGGGGUGAUGUCUGGGGCACAACGACCAACAAGAAGAAGAAGAAACAAAAGCAGAAAGAGGAGGAGGAGAGACUGAAGAAAGAAGAGGAAGAGCGGCUGGCUAAGGAAGAGGAAGAACGCAAAGCGCAGGAAGAGGCCGCAGCAUCACAAGACACAGGACUCAGUUGGGCGGACGACGUCGACGGGGACAACGACGACUCUUGGGCUGGAGUUGGCGCCGGGAAGAAGAAGAAAAAGAAGGGCAAUUUGGAACCAGCUGAGGCUGAUCUCCAGGACGUGAGCCUCAAUGACGGAGCUCCCCAGCUAGACCUGAAUCUCGACGGACAAAAAUCAACUGGAUUCAGCUUUGGUGCAUGGGGCGGAGGAGGUAGUGGUGGAGGCGGCAGCAAAUGGGGCCUUGAUGCUCUAUCGGGUGGAAGCAAGGGAAAAGAUACAAACCCUUGGGGCGGUGGUCUUAAAGCCGAUCCCCUGAAUAUGUCCAUGGGAUUUGGGUUUGGCGGAGGCUUCGAUCCAGCUCCGCCUGCGGCGAAUGAUGAUUCUAAGGACACGAAGGAUGACGAUGGCUGGGGAAGUUGGGAUCCUAUGUCGAAGAAGAAGGACAAGAAGAAUGCAGCAGAGGAGCCUAUUAUCGAGGAGCCACCCAAGGCCCCUGAGCCGCCGCCCCCUGAUGAUUGGUUAGGGGGUUUCGCUACAACUAAGAAAGGCAAAAAAGCGAAGAAGAAGGAAGAGGAGGAGAGGAAGAAGCGCGAGGAAGAAGAGAGAAAGCGCCAAGAGGAAGAAGAAGCAGAGAAGAAGCGGCUAGAGGAAGAGGAGGAGGAGAGAAAGCGACAGGAGGAAGAGGAGGAGGAGAGAAAGAGGCAAGAAGAAGAGGAGGAAAGGCUUAGGCAAGAGGAGGAAGAGCGGCUGGCAAAAGAGGAGGAGGAACGAAAAGCCAAGGAGGAAGAGGAGCGCAAGGCCAAGGAGGAGGCGGAGAAGAAUGACGGUUGGAGCUCAGGUUGGGCUUUUACUACUGCAACUGAUAAAAAGAAGAAGAAGAAAGGCAAGGCUGCACUGAUACCGGAGCCAGCCCCAGAGCCGCGUCGCGAGCCGACCCCUCCUCCAGCUGAACCAGAACCAGAACCAGAACCAGAACCAGAGCCUGAACCUGAACCCGAGCCGGAGCCGGAACCUGAGGAGUGGAAACCUGAUUUCCCGGACGAUCCUCUCUACGAUAACUGGAUGAAUCUAUCUUCCAAGGAACGAAAGAAGCGCGAGAGAGGGUUGACUAAGAAAGGCCUCCCUAUCCCUGGUCGUGACUUUCCCCUUGAGCCUCCACCAAAACCAGAACCUGCGCCUGAGGCCGAACCGGAGCCGCAGCCUGAGCUUGAGCCUGAGCUUGAGCCUGAGCUUGAGCCUGAGCCAGAACCUGCGCCAGAGAAAUCCCCUCCAGAGCCAGAGACGGUCCCAGACGAAAACAAUCAAUUGGUUGAGAUAGUGCAUGAACAGCAGCCUGAAGAUGAUCCGGCGGAAGAUGUUGGGUGGGGUGGCAUAUGGGGGUCUUCGAAAGACAAGAAGAAAAAGAAGAACAGGAUUGCCGCAGAGCCUCCACCCCCUGCACCUACGCCUCCCUCCUUAGGGCUCGAGCGAGAGUUUACCCGAGAUUCUGAGCUUGACAGAGAAGAUCCUGUCUGGGAUGAUUUCGACAGCAAGCCCGUCAAAGCCGCCAAAGGAUUCUGGGCCAGUUUCGGAGCGGCUACUUUGGGCAGUAAGCCAAAGGUCAGCAAGAAAAAGUCGGACGAGCUGCCUGAGGAACCUGACCCGGUAGAAGAAACGAAGGCCGUGGAACCUGAUCUAAUUGAUAUCGCCGACGAACCAGCAGACAUCCCACCGGAAGCGCCAGAGCCGCCGCCAAUCGCGCCUGAAGCACCUGAGCCAGCCGCGCCAGCCGCGGUGCCAACUAAGACCACCAAGACUAAAACGUCAGCAAAACUUUCCGUCGCAGAGCGCAUCAGCGCCCUCGAAAAGGCAAAGAAAGAGAGGCUGAAAGAAAAGGCUGCGCUGGAAAAAUUGAAAGCAAGAGAGAAGGAAGCGCCUCCGCCUGAACCAGAGCCUGUGGAGCCGCCCCCGCAGGAAGACCCAGUAGAGGUCGACCCUGAGCCUACUAAGACGGAGCGCUCACAUGACUCGGUGCCUGGUAGCUUUCCUGACUUUGACGACCCCCCAGCGGAGCCUGAGCCAGCUGCUGAACCAGAACCAGAACCGGAGCCGGAGCCGGAGCCAGAACCUGAACCUGAGCCAGAACCCGAACCUAAGCCGGAGCCUGUGUCCUUGAAAAAGUUAAAGAAGAAGGAAAAGAAGAAAGGCAAGCUUCCAGAGCCGGAACCUGAAAAGAAAAAGAAGAAGGCGAAGGAGCCUGAGCCUGAGCCCGCACCCGAGCUGGAACCAGUGCCUGAGGCCGAGCCAGUGGCCGAGCUUGAAACCGCACCUGAGCCUGAGGUUGUGCCGGAGCCGGAGCCGGAGCCAGUCAUACUUACAAAGUCUGAAAAGAAGAAGAAAAAGAAGUUGAAGAAGGCUGAGGCUGAGGCUAUGCCUGACCCGGAGCCAGAGCCGGAAGCGGCCCCAGAAGCUGAGCUCGCGCCAGAAGAACCGGAGCCUGAACCCCCAGCCGAACCUGAUGUAUCACCUGAAGAGGCCGAGAGGACUCUAGAAGUAGAGGAAGAGCCAGCACCUGCUCCGAAGCCUGAUAAGAUGGCGAAGAAGGGCAAGAAAGGCUCGAAAAAGCCUGUGCCACCACAAGAACCUCUCACUGCGGAUGAUAUGAUGGCAAGCGGCGCACUAGAGCCGGAUGGCGAGAAUCCAGAGACCCCUGUAAAGCCAGCCAAGAAGGAGCGAGCUCGAGUUGAGCGUGCACCUGCCACGUCUUGGGGCUUCUGGGGUGCUACGCCUCCGAGAAAACCGCAAACCAGGGAGGCUAGACUAAGGAAGAAGGAAGCCCCUGCCAUUACGAGGUCAAAGUCGACCAAACAAUCCAAAGCGAAGGAGUCUGAGAACGAAGCAGAGCGGUCUUCCGCGUCCGAUAAGGACAAACGGCGAGAAGUUAGGGCUAGUCGCGGCAUGACGUUUUCGAACUUCAUUCUGGGCACGCCACCGCAGCCCUCUCGGACUAAGUCAGUCAGUAGGUCUACUCCCCAUGCUUCCAAGCGGUCGUCUAGACAUCAGUCGGCCGACAUUGAUGAAGGCGGGUUUCCAACUCCGCCACCCGAGGAUGCCGUUCCGGACAAAGCAGCGAAGACGAUGGGUGUCAGGGAAUCAAGGUCCAGACAUGAGAGACAUGAAAGGCAUAGGGAGCGGAGAAAAUCUCGCGCCCCCGACCCAUACGCCCUUGACGAUGAAGAUCUAGUCGUGGUGAACAAGGAAGAUGUCGACCAACCCUCGAAAGAAGGCUCAAGACAUUCUGGUUCCAGACGCUCUGGGCGAGACUCCGCGCGACGGUCGAGGUCCAAUCCCGAAGAACCCCACGAAGACGAUAGAGAACCAGACGUAUUCUCCGGUCCUGACGACAUCGCCUUCGUAGAAGCCCCACCGUCUAGGGAGCGAGAGCGUCGCUUAAAGCGAUCAAAUACCGUUCCCAAGAAGCCUGAGCCUACCGGUCUAAUGGGUCUGCUGGGGUCUUUGCGAAGAAACACAAAGACCGAGCCGCCAGCUCCAGAGCGUCGCAAGUCUCGAUCACGCCGCGAUGACGACACCAGAUACGCGACUGAGACAGAGCGAGAUGAGGCCCGUCGCCGACGCGAGGAUAGACGGAGACAUUCUACCCGACCAGAGGCAGACGGCGAAGGGAUUGCACCCGUCAUUGGCGCGUUCCCUGACACAGAGGCAGAGGAUGCAGAGGCUCGACGGGCAGCUCGUAGAGCGCGACGUGAAGCACGUCAAGCCCCGCAGGCUGCCGCUGACGAGCUGCGGGAGACCGAGAUCCGCGAAGCAGAGGAGAGAAGGGCACGCCGAAGAGAAGAAAGAGCCCGCCGAGAGGAACGGGUCCGUGAGCGCGAGGAGCAGGAACGACAACUGCGUGAAGAAGAAGAGCGCCGUCGCGAGGAGAAGCGCGCACGCAGAGCUGCCCGGGAAGAGCGCAUACGUAGAGAAGAACAAGAAGCACAGGAGGAAGAGGCCCGAUUAGCGGCGGAACGACGCGAGCGCAGACGCCAGCGGGAGGCAGAAAUGCACGAGUACUCUGGUUACGGCCACGAACGACGACAUCGACACCAUUCUCGCGUCGACAACACGGUUGCAAGAGACUUCUACCUCGAUAGCCAUGAGCCCGAACGCGAAAGGGAACGAGCGCGAUACAGCCACCGAUCCAGAGACGAGCGUGACCGUGAUGCUGACCGAUCCAGCCGCAGCCGAAGAAAGUCCCGCGCAGCUGAUCCCACAAAACCAACCCCUAUGCCGCUCGGCGCACGCAAAGACAAGACUUCUUCGUGGGUAGACUCGCAAGCCGAUGAGCCGCCCGAGCCACCUCCAAUCGUACCCACCGUUCUCGACAUGCCACCUGGCCCCGAUGAGCAGAUCCCCGGCCAUACAAUGUCGUCGGAUGAAGAGGCUCGUCGUGAGCUGCGAAAGCAGUCAAGGAGGAGGACCAAAUAUCCUGGACUCAAUGACCAGGAGAUCGAGGAGAUCAGGGCAAGGAGGCGUGAGGCUCGACGAGCGGAGCGAGAGCAUGGGAAGGCCAGCUCUAGUGGUGACUACGAGCGAGACCGCGGUGGGAGAUAUGACCGUGACCGUGGCUAUGGAGAGGCGCCGAAGAGGCCGAAUUGGCUGAAGAAGCUUACGACUUUUGGAUGA